AGUGUCAAUUCCAAACGUCAAUGUUAAGUUGAAAUUUUAUUUUAUUCAAAUAGAAGUUAAAAGUUUAUUUAUAGUGCUUAAAAUAUCUAAUUGUUUCUUAUCAGCGUUUUCCUCAAUUAGUUAAGAUUUUAAAAAUGUCCGCGUUACUGAGUUCGGUGGGUGGUGUCAUUCGUUUGGGGCCCAGGGAAUUCACCAGGCAAAAAUUCAAACUACCCUUGGUGAAGUUCAUACAUGAUACGAUAAAUUUGUACAAAACAAGGACAAAAGCCGGCGUUAAUAACGUUAGGGACGUUCUUUUCCGAGGCACAGUAAUAGCGUUAAUAACAGCUCUCUUGGUGUGGUUAUCCAUUUUCAUGUAUAUAGCGUUUUAUUAUGUUUACGUACCCACCAUAUCUCACGAAAGACCAGUAUAUUUGAAAUUCAAACCAUGCGGUACUCUUCAAGAUUGCAAGAAUGAAAAAGGUUUGUGUAGUUUUCCUUCAGCGCAUGUAAAAUUAACGAAAAAACAACAACUUUUAAUGUUGGGACAAUCCUAUAAAAUCCAUUUGGAUUUAGAUAUGCCAGAAUCGCCUACGAAUCGCCAAUUAGGUAUGUUUAUGGUUUGCGUAGAGUUUAUGGGAAAAGAUGGCACUUUAAUAAAUAGUUCAUGCCGAUCAGCCAUGUUACAUUAUAAAGGAAUUUUAUUAGACACAAUGUAUAAAUUAUUCUUCAGUCCGUUCUUCGUAUUUGGUUCUGCCGAAGAAAAGCAGAAUGUAAAAGUGGAACUCUUCGCCGAUUAUGAGGAACAAUAUAAUGAACCCGUUACAGAUAUCUACGUGGAGGUGCAGUCAAGAUAUAUAGAAAUAUAUUCGGCUAAAUUUACUGUAAACGCUCAGUUUACAGGCCUGAGAUAUGUAAUGUUUCACUGGCCUGUUCUCUCUGCUGCUAUGGGUAUUACGGCCAAUUUAUUUUUUAUUGCGGUUGUCUGUUUGAUAAGCUGGUAUCAAAUCAUCCAUUCAGAGGAAUAUUUGGAAUACAUAGAUGCUUCAAAACAAAAAAACGAAAACGAUAUUUCCGAUUUGCCGGAGCUAAUCAACAAAUAUUUGGACAACGACUUGGGAAUACUGCCAUUUAUUCCCGCAAUAAUGUGCUUCGAUGUGUGCUCAACGCUCGGUUAUUAUUUCGUUAAGAAAAUAACCAGAAUUUCCGGUAGCGCGAUUCGUGUUUUGAAACUCGCCAUCGAAUUCAGCGAAUAUAAUAAUUUUGAUCAAAGGAAUCGCGUGGAAAUAUUGAAUUCCAAUGGGACGCAACGAAUCGAUCCCAAUAAAAUUGUAUGCGCUAAGCAUACAGUAAGCGGUUGCGAAGAAUGCUUGGCUAAUCAUGAAUUAGUAUUUUUAACAUAAAUAUUAUUCAUUAUUAGUUAAAUGAAAUUUGUAUUUAAAAUUUAUAACAAGGGAGUGGUAGGAAUUUGGCAAUUAUUUAUUGACUGACAUUCAAUUUAUAUUACUGUUAAUUGUUAAUUAGAUUUUAAAAAGGUGAAAUGUGUAUAUUAUCUAGUCUGAAUAAUGUGAUAUAUUUAUAUUAUUAUUGUUUUUACAUUAGUUAGAAUGCUGAUUUAUUCAGUAUUUAAGUUUAUA